ACAUCCGGUAGGCCGUUGGGACCACCGGAUGUGACGUAGGGACCAACCCAUGGUGUUUUUAGCAUGAGUUCGUUGUGCUAACUGCGGGAUGUGAGGCUACAAUUCAGUCUCUGAACAUAUAGCUCGUGAUUUAGGGAUUUAAAACAUAUUUUAAAUACAAUUCACAGUUUAUUUUGCAAUGGGAGCUCUUAAUGUAACCGUUGGAUCUAUGCAAACGUGAACGCAGCCUAAGCUAACUGAGAGUUAGCUUCCUGUCAGACUCCAGAGAUCUGUGCUGUUAUGUAGAGGAACACAGCUGCUGUCCAGUUCUUCUGUUCACGUCUCUGUCGAAGCUUCAAUGGGGAAAAGGAAAGACAUGAUUCACCCAAGGUUCCUCGGUGAGGGAAGCUCCGGCCUGCACAGCGUCCACAAACGGAAACACAAAAAACACAAGAAGCACAAGAGGAAGCACCACAGCUUCCCAGAGAUCCCAGAGCCCGAGCCGAUCGUGGUGCCUCGUCCUCCUCCACAGCUCAGGCUGAAGAUCAAACUGGGAGGACAGACGCUGGGGACCAAGAAUGUCCCCACCUUCACUGUGCAUCCUGGUGUGGCCUGUCCUCCAUCUCCUCUAAUGAUUAUACAUAAUAAUGAUGUUGAUGAUGAUGAUGAUGACGACGAUGAGGAUGAUGAUGAGGAUGAUGAUGAUGAGGAGCCUUCUGUUCCUCUGGAGCAGUAUAGAGCCUGGUUAGAUGAAGACAGUAAUCUGGCCACAUCCCCUAUGCCAGACAUGGACUCGGACUCUAUGCUUGGCGUGCCCGUGGAUGAAGAGGAGAGGUGGCUUGACGCUUUGGAGAAAGGUGAGCUCGAUGACAACGGAGAGCUGAAGAAGGAGGUGGAUGAGUCGCUGCUGACAGCCCGACAGAAAGCCCUCCUGCACAAGCAGCAGAGUCAGCCCCUCCUCGAGCUCCCCAUGGGCUACAAGGAGAAGGAGAUGACCGUGGAGAUGAUGCAGAAGCGGGAGGAGCGAGCCCGAAAGCGGCGCCUGCAGGCUGCCAAGAAAGCCGAAGAGAACAAGAACCAGACGAUCGAGAGGCUCACGAAAACCAGCAAGGCUAAGAUCAAGAGCAUGAGAGAGAGGAAGUCCAAGCUGAGUCAGGUCCCCAUGGUGCGCUACAGCGACUCAGUACAGGGUGUGGUCAUCUCCUUCCCCACGGGAGUCCCAACCCCAGCCCCAACAACGCCCUGUCCUCCACCGGCAGCUCCUGUGAACUGUGGAGUCAGCGGCUGCUCGAACCUGAAGAAGUACGCAUGCUCUAAGACCGGGGUCCCGCUCUGCAGCCUGGAGUGCUACAAGAGGAACCUGCUGCCUGUUCAGAGCACAGCCUGAACCAUAAACAAUCACACGCAUCCUGAGUGCAGGAUGUUCUGUUACGGUGGGAUAAGAAGAUGAGACGCGGGCGUUAUAUGUGAUAUGAUGUACAUUAUAUGGACACGUGUGACUCUUAAGAUCCACCUUGAACUUCAAUCUGUAAACAUGAGUCUGUCUUUUCACCAACCUCUUCAUGGGGUGAUAAAAAUGUAUUUAUCUGCAGUGAUUCAAUUAUGUACUUUGUGAAACAAGGUAUCUGUUCAUUUACAAGAUUAUGGUUUACAUCUAAAGCCUGGUUUAUACUUCGGUGUUGAAUUGACGCCGUACCCUACGCUGUAGAUCUGCAACGCCCUUUUUUCCGCCGGAGAGGCCUACUCAUGAACCUCCUCCAAAUGUAACUACACGUAAAAAACAAUGCGGACCGCAAGCCCUGUGAUUGGCCCACUAGACUGCAUUGUAUUUCCUGCAUUUACAGCACUUUUGGAAUCAGUGACAUCAGCCGAGUAUUUAAUCUCCUACAACUUCUCCUCUAUUCUUCCCUGCAAUCAUUUCUGUAUGAUAAACAGCAACAUGUAUCAGCUCUACAUUAACAUAACAUGUUCAAAAUCAAUGCGAAAAAGCAAGCUGAAGUACGUCAUGCUCACGUCCAAGUCGGCCAUUGCUGCGUGGGGUAAACACAGGAGUAUAAACCAGGCUUGAAGGAGGGUUCAUCAACGAUGACAUGAAAUUAAUAUUUUUGUACCUAUCUCUUGCCUGAAGUGGACUAUUUUCAUUUUGACGAUUAUGUAAAAAUAUUUAGACUGAAAAAGCUGUCUGUGACAAAAAUAAAAAGAGGAGCUUUUUUUAAAA